CCGCGCGCACUUCCCUUCCGGAAGCUGUGUCACCUCUCGGUGCAGUAAACAGCAGAGAGUAACAAAUAUCCCCGACUGCGUGUUCGUGUAUGUGUAUGUGUUUGUGUUGACCCAGCCUCCUGAGCUCUUUCUCCAGAGAGCCUCAGCACCAUGUUGGCCCUCAUUAACCGGCUCCUGGACUGGUUCCGCUCGCUCUUUUGGAAGGAGGAGAUGGAGCUCACCCUCGUCGGUUUACAGUAUUCCGGAAAAACCACCUUCGUCAACGUGAUCGCGUCGGGUCAGUUCAGCGAGGACAUGAUCCCCACCGUGGGCUUCAACAUGAGGAAGGUCACCAAAGGCAAUGUCACAAUAAAGAUCUGGGAUAUCGGAGGCCAGCCUCGCUUCAGGAGCAUGUGGGAGCGAUACUGCAGGGGAGUCAACGCCAUCGUCUACAUGGUGGACGCCGCUGACCGGGACAAGAUCGAGCCGUCCAGAAACGAACUGCACAAUCUGUUAGACAAACCUCAGCUUCAAGGCAUUCCUGUCCUCGUUUUGGGGAACAAGAGAGACCUUCCCAACGCGCUGGACGAGAAGCAGCUCAUUGAGAAAAUGAACUUGGCAGCGAUACAGGACCGAGAAAUCUGCUGCUACUCUGUCUCGUGUAAAGAGAAGGACAAUAUAGACAUCACACUGCAGUGGCUUAUUCAGCACUCAAAGUCUCGAAGGAGCUGAGAGAAAAGGAGAAGCCGGCGUCCUGUGUUCCACCCUGCAGCCCCAUCUUGCCCUCCUCUAGAGUCAAAACCUGCUCUGAACACCGGCUCCGAACCCCGAACCCCAGCUCUCUGCCCUCCGUCAGCCUCUGGUCCUGCUUUGAGCUAGCGCUAAAGCCAUUUUAAAUGUGCUGUUUCUUUUUUUUUUAAAGGUCAAGAACAGUCCUGUGUAUCUGGUCUCCUAGCUCAAAGCACAACACAGCCAAUCAAACUCUUUAUCUGUUCGUUCAGUGACUCUGUCUCUCUCUCUCUCUGUCUCUCUGUCUCUCUCUCUCUCUCUAUUUCUCUCUGUAAUUCAGAGCCCUGUUCUCUCACGUUGAAACUUACUUUCUCAGAUUCUUUUCUGUUUGAGGACAUUUAUUCAUACCAAACACUUCCAGUGAUGGGGACAUUUUUUUUUUUUCUGGCCCAGAAAUUAGUUCCAUUCACACCUGGUCAGUUUUCCUUAAAGUUGCAGUUCACCUCACGGGCAUCAGACGACUUUAUGAAUUACAUACUGCCCCUUUAAAUGCGUACAGAACGGACACUGAAGCCAUUCAAAUUUCUUUAAGGUCUUGCACAUCUGCACUGACACGGACUCUGAGAUAUUUAUCUACAUUAAUGCUACAUUAAAUCUGAGCGUAGCUCCAUCACACUAACUCGGACACGGUUUAAAAUCAUUUAGAAAUCUGCCUUUUUUCCACUACAGCAUCUUCAACCGAAUUAAGCUUUAUAAUUUUGCAGUGAAUAUAUAUAUAUAUAUAUAUAUAUAUAUAUAUAUAUAUAUAUAUAUAUAUAUAUAUAUAUAUAUAUAUAUAUAUAUAAAAAAAUAUACUAUGAAUGAAUAUAUAUAUAUUACUCUAACCCUGUAAUCAUCAUAUAAGGCUGAUGAUGCAGAUUGUGUAUGUACUGAGGUGCAGUUAAAGGUGUGGUUUGUAAAUUUAAAGAGCAUCACCUAAACUGUUAUUAGUCAUGUGCUUUCAUUAAUAUAUAUAUAAAAAAAAAAACCUUGACAGUAUUACCGUGCUCCAGAUCUCGCUGGUUUAAUUAAAAUUAAUUAAUUAAGAUUUUUUUUUCUGGCCCGGAAAUAAGAGCCUCAAUAGAGAAAAUGGAGCGUCUUGAUUCGUGAGGUUAGUUUCAACAGGGAGAUGGAGGUGUGUGGGUUUUUUUCCUGUUGCAUUUCACCUUGCAAGGUAAGAAAAUGACGGACUGCUCCUUUAAACUGUUUGAUUCUCUCGCUUCAGCCACUUCAUUUUGGGGGUUUUUUCACGACUUAAAAAUGUUAUUUAUAUGAGAGAGCCGCGGUGAGAGAGCUGAAGUGUGUAUAGUGUUGACUUUUCCAUGAGAGAACAGGAUCCUCUGGAUCUUAUUUACUCUUUUCCUCACUCUUGUCAUUACACAUUUUCUCUCUAACUCUCCCCCUGUCUCUCUCUCUCUCUCUCUCUCACACCACUCUGCCCUCCUCACUCUCUCCAGCGCACUGUCGUCAUCUCUCGGACGCUUUCAUGUGGUCUCUCACCUCCUGAAACGCUAACACACCUGAGCUCCUCCUCACUGAAAAAAGAGCUGUCACACACCCGAAAGAAAGCGAUCGAUCCUGGCCUCGCCUCGUCCUCAUCUGUCCUCGUCCUGCAGAUGUCCAUGACACUGUCGGUCAGGCGUCUGUAUGUGCUCUGGACUCAGAAAAAAUAAUCCUGACAAAAAUCAUCAUAUUUUCUGCAAAUGAUUCUUUUGAUAGGCGACUCAAUCAGAAAGUCCAUGGAAGAAUGCUAAUGCUGACUGUUUUUUAUUUUAUUUUGAAUGAUGUAUUUUUAUUUUUAUUUGUUGUUGGACUGGACAUUAGACGUGAUUUGGAUGCUUUUUAUUUGUCUUUUUUUUUUUUUUACACGUUUGUUUUAAUUUGCGCUGUUCAUCGUCCUCUGCAGAAACUGAAGUGCCUUCUGUGACCAUUCCUGCUUCUGCGUCUGCGCAAUAAGAAGGAGCUGGAUGUAGAAGUAGUUUAUAGACUGCUUUAAUAACAAGCUUCAGUGUAAUGAGAAACUUUCUCCGGCGCUCCUGAAGAGUGUUGAGUGAAAGGUAAAGGUGUGCUCUGCGUCAGCAGCUCUCGUCUCAGUGGUUCCCGGUCUCAGACAGGACAGAGUUCUUCAUGUAGAUCUGUGUGUGUGUGUGUGUGUGUAGGACCGCUUACUCUGCGUUCUUGGUGUCUUGAAGGUGCUAAUUUGCAGGUUGUAAUUACACUAAAUUCCUCCUUCGCACCAUGAAAGCGUCUAGCUGUGUCCGAGCGUGCAGGAGUGAGCAGGCCUGAGGGGUUACUGCUUCUGUUCUACUUCAGCAAACAUUCACACAACAUUGUGGAGCGAAACAGCAGCAACACGCUAGCCUCAGAACCAUAGCUUAGGAGUGUUAGCAACAUACUGACAAGCUAAUGUUAGCGAAAACUCUAAUGAUGACGAGUGGUAUAGAUUUAACUGUGUGUGUAUGUGUUAGUGUGUGUGAACUCUAAACCCAAUUAAAAGCAGACACACAGUGAGCGUGUCCAUGUUGUGUGUGUGUGUGUGUGAGCGAGAGAGAGAGAGAGAGAGAGAGAAAGUGUCCAUGCUGAGUUGAUGUCACUCUGAAGUUGACUUUUCUGUAUCUUGACCAUCUGUAAGUCACAGCUUGACCUCUGACUCAGCAUUAAAGUGAUAUUUAACCCUUGAACACUCGCCGUUGUGAUUUUCCAGUCUUAAGAUCUCACUAAAGGUUUGUUGAUGAUUUAAAUCAGACAUCUGGAGGAACCUGAUACCCGGAACCACUGACGCAGAUCCUGCUUGACCGUGAUCGUGAUCGUGAUUGUGACUGCGUGGCUCUUCGUAUGUUUUUCACACUGGCAUGCAUUCGAUGUGCUUUUAAAACUUUUCUUCAAAAUCACCUGAGCACAAAGGAUAUCUGACCAAUCCCACCCCAAAGCCAGAGGAGGUCUGACCAAUCCACUUACCUCUAAAAGGAGGUCUGACCAAUCCUUUUCUCUCUAAAAGGAGGUCUGACCAAUCCACUUCCCUCUAAAAGGAGGUCUGACCAAUCCUCUUCUCUCUAAAAGGAGGUCUGACCAAUCCUCUUCUCUCUAAAAGGAGGUCUAACCAAUCCACUUCUCUCUAAAAGGAGGUCUAACCAAUCCACUUCCCUCUAAAAGGAGGUCUGACCAAUCCACUUCCCUCUAAAAGGAGGUCUGACCAAUCCUCUUCUCUCUAAAAGGAGGUCUGACCAGUCCUCUUCUCUCUAAAAGGAGGUCUAACCAAUCCACUUCCCUCUAAAAGGAGGUCUGACCAAUCCACUUCUCUAAAAGGAGGUCUGACCAAUCCUCUCCCCUCUGAAAGAAGGCCUGACCAAUCCUCUCCCCUCUGAAAGGAGGUCUGACCAAUCCUCUCCCCUCUGAAAGGAGGCCUGACCAAUCCUCUCCCCUCUGAAAGGAGGCCUGACCAAUCCUCUCCCCUCUGAAAGGAGGUCUGACCAAUCCUCUCCCCUCUGAAAGGAGGCCUGACCAAUCCUCUCCCCUCUGAAAGAAGGUCUGACCAAUCAUCUUCCCUUUUAAAGGAAGUCUGACCAAUCCUCUCCUCUCUGAAAGAAGGUCUGACCAAUCCUCUCCCCUCUGAAUGGAAGUGUGUCCAAUCCUCUCCCCUCUGAAUGGAGGUCUGACCUGUGUUAUUCAGUGCCAAAGGGAAUUCUGGCCCCUCCCACCUUAACAUAUAUUUCUGACCAUCCCCAGUAGAAUUUUGACCGAUCCCUUUAGUGCAUUCAGACCAACCCCAGGCACCCCCACCAUCUCCACAGAAAGUCCAGCCAGUGGUGUGUGCCAGGUCCUGCAGAGCAUUUAACCGACACCAAACAUUUCUCAUUAACGUUUAUUGUCCAAAAUCUAAACAAUCAGUAAUUAAAUCCACAGUGAAGCAGUUUUGGAGGUUGAAGGACAGGACACUGUAACGUCCGUCUCAUGCGCAAUCAUGUCCAUCACCGUGGCCUUUUUUUCCCCCUCCUUCCUCAUUAUACAGUGCCACAUGCAGCAUCCACAUCAACACCAUUGCUGCUCACCAUUGGAGUUUCUGAAUGCUAAUGUGUGUUUUCUAUAUGACUGCUGUGCGCAUUCUAUAGUCUUUAUGUAGUGAAAUGAGUGGCGUGUUGACCAGCGCCUCUGUGACACUCUUUUUAAUUUAAUUGGCUCGUGUAAAUAAACAGACAGGAAUUGGUGUGUAGACCGCUGACGGCGUUUCCUCUCGCUCCCUCAGGCACAGGAGGUGAUGUGUCGAGUCAAACCUGUGUAUCGGAUCGUAAUGAAGCUCGCUGGACACAGUGACCGAGCUGGAAAGAUGUACGAGCUCGCUUUAUUUUGAUCUGGAUCGAUCAGUUGCUCCAUUUGUACGAUUGUGCAUUAAAAGUGUUUCGUCUCUGAA